AGUUUCCAGAAAAAGCAAGUCAAAAGGUAAGGAGCGGAAAGGUCGAGAGAACGAGGCCGAUUGCGCAAAGGCAAACUCUUUUUUGCCUUCCUUUUCCUCUCACGCCGGGUUGGCGCGGGACGCCAGCAACCCUCGCGGCUGUGGAGUUUUCUCGAAAGGUAACAUUUAAGUGGUCAAAGCGCAUCCUUUAAUUAUGCUGGACCCUCUUUUCACACACGCAAAAAGAGAGAGAGAAAGGUGUGGGCGAGCCUCUCUGCUCGACGCAACCCGUUUUUAACCACUCAAAGGUGCCGGAGUCCGACUUGAACGCCACACACAGCUCGCCUCAAAAAAGUUCCCUCAGAGCCUGACGACGACGCCCCCACCUGGGCGUCCGGCGAGGAGGGAAGGGCGCAGGCGCGCGAGGGACAAAAGCCUCUCCAGUCCUCCUCUCCCCCUCCCCACACCCCACAAACUCCGCUUCCCUCAGGCAGCUGUUCUCCCCGCUCCGUAACUGUAGCCCGGAGAGGAGGAGGAGGAGCCAAGGGGAGGAGGAGGAGUACGAGGCCGUGGGUUGGGAAGUGCUACGUGUCUACUCAGCCCAUAUAACCUACUACCCUCCUUUUCAAUUCAGUUCAGCUGGGAGCCAGCCGCCGGCUUUUCCUCUCCUCCCCCCGUCCGUCCGUCGCUUUCUGCUGGCUUCUUCCUUUCUGCCUUCCUUCCCUCUCUACUCGUGGCAGUACCCCGAGGGAACCGUCGCCGCCGCCCGGGACGCGCGAGCCGCCACCAUGUCCGAGAUCAAAAAGCAAAGGGUGAACCUCCAAAGGUCUACCAAUGUGGUGUACCAAGCCCAUCAUGUUAGCAGAAACAAGAGAGGACAAGUUUUGGGCACAAAAGGUGGAUUUCGUGGCUGCACAGUAUGGCUAACAGGUCUUUCUGGUGCUGGUAAGACAACCAUUGGGUUUGCUCUUGAGGAAUACCUCGUGUCCUAUGGCAUCCCUUGUUACUCUCUUGAUGGGGACAACAUUCGUCAUGGUCUCAACAAGAAUCUAGGUUUCUCUGCUGAUGACCGAGAAGAAAAUAUCCGCCGUAUUGCUGAAGUUGCCAAACUAUUUGCAGAUGCUGGCUUAGUUUGCAUUACUAGUUUCAUUUCUCCUUUUGCAAAGGACCGCGAGAACGCACGGAAGAUUCAUGAGACAGCUGGGCUUCCUUUCUUUGAAGUUUUUGUGGAUGCACCUCUCAAUAUCUGUGAAAGUAGGGACGUGAAAGGCCUAUACAAAAAAGCACGAGCUGGAGAAAUCAAAGGAUUCACUGGAAUCGAUUCGGAGUAUGAGAAACCAGAAAUGCCUGAACUUGUGCUGAAAACCAACAUUUUUUCAGUGACUGAAUGCAUCCAGACUAUUGUGGAGCUCCUGCAAGAGCAGAACCUCGUUCCUUCCUCUGCAAUUAAAGAGGUGCUUGAGCUGUUUGUACCUGAAAAUAAAGUGGAACAAACUUGGGCUAAAGCUGGUACUUUGCCAUCUAUAAACAUUACCAAGUUGGAUCUACAGUGGGUUCAAGUCCUAAGUGAAGGUUGGGCCACUCCACUCAAAGGGUUUAUGCGGGAGAAAGAAUAUUUGCAAGUUAUCCAUUUUGGCACUUUGCUUGAUGAUGGUGUUAUUAACCUGAGCAUACCGAUUGUACUUCCCAUCUCUACUGAAGACAAAAAACGUCUGGACGGAUGCAGCGCAUUCACCCUGCUAUACAAUGGACGGAGGGUGGCAAUCCUUAAAAAUCCAGAAUUUUUUGAACACAGGAAGGAAGAGCGUUGUGCUCGUGUUUGGGGAACCACUUGCGCAAAGCAUCCACAUGUAAAAAUGGUGAUGGAGAGUGGAGAGUGGCUUGCUGGGGGCGAACUCCUUGUACUGGAGAGAAUAAAGUGGAACGAUGGACUAGACCAAUACCGUUUGACUCCACUGGAGCUGAGGGAGAAGUUUAGAGAGAUGAACGCAGAUGCAGUUUUUGCUUUCCAACUACGUAAUCCGGUGCACAACGGACAUGCUCUGCUAAUGCAGGAUACUAAACGCCGACUACUGGAAAGGGGCUAUAAGCAUCCAGUCUUGCUCCUGCAUCCUCUUGGGGGAUGGACCAAGGAUGAUGAUGUGCCCUUGGACUGGCGCAUGAAGCAACAUGCUGCAGUGCUAGAAGAACAUGUCUUGGAUCCCAAAUCCACCGUUGUUGCAAUUUUCCCUUCUCCCAUGUUGUACGCUGGCCCAACGGAGGUCCAGUGGCAUUGUAGGUCUCGAAUGAUUGCUGGUGCCAAUUUCUACAUUGUGGGUCGAGAUCCGGCAGGUAUGCCUCACCCAGAAACCAAGAAAGAUCUGUAUGAACCCACACAAGGUGGAAAGGUGCUUAGUAUGGCUCCAGGAUUAACUUCGGUGGAAAUAAUUCCCUUCCGAGUAGCUGCAUACAACAAAGUACAAAAAGCGAUGCUUUUCUAUGAUCCAGACAGGCACACUGAAUUUGAUUUCAUUUCUGGCACACGCAUGAGAAAGUUGGCUCGUGACGGUGACAAUCCCCCUGAUGGGUUCAUGGCGCCCAAAGCAUGGAAGGUGUUGACAGAAUACUACACAUCGAUGGGAAAAAAUGAUUAAUUAUGCUGUCUCUAUCAAAGUGCCCUUAUUUUAAAUAUGAGCUCUGCUAAUUGAUGAAUAGGCUACGAUGUUUCAUCUAGUUUGGAAUCUUUUGGUUGCUGGGCAUUUUCUUUCUGGGCCAUACAAUGGUUCUGGAGCAGCGUUUCCAUUUUUAGAGCUUAAAUAGGCGAUUUCUCCUUAAUUUCAAAGGAAUGCCAUAAAACAAGGUUUUACUGUACACAUCAGAAAAAAUAAGAUCAAAAUGAUGAGUUCAAAGCCAUAGGGAUCCAGCUCUCACAGCCUUUGCCAAAAAAAUGUUAUUGAAAACUAUGCAACUAUGCAAAUUAUCACAUUAAUGCUAUAAAUUGAACUCCUAGAAAGAAAUAGGGGAUAAACUAGUACUUUCCCACUGUGGUUUGGUGUUUGUUUUUUUUGGCCUCCACCAAAACCUUUCAUGUACUGUUGGGGUGAAGAGGAAGGAUUUCAUGUCAUUUUUUAAGAUGAUGAUGAUAAUGAAGAUGAAACGGAGCUGGUAUAAUCAGCAUUUCCCAAGAAGAGAAUUCCAUGACAGUUUUCUCUUGGAAACAGUCACAAAGCUGUGCUUAUUCUGAAAAAUUCUUUACAAAUAGCGUUUUGGUCAACUUGGACCAAGAAAUGCACCUUUCUCACCCUUGACAUUGACUUUCUUUAUAGCCUUGGCCAAAUUCUUUCAUGAAGGACGUCCACAAGCAUUUCCCCUUCAGCUGGGUGCUAAUAACAUCAUUACAGUCUAAAUGACUGCCCUUUCACAGCUCCUCUCAUCUCUUCGAGGUAUAGACCAGACUAGGAGACCAAAGUCAUGUAGGCCAAUACUACUUUUAUUGUAAAGGUAUAGUAAUAGAAUCUUACAAGUCUGAAUACGUUUCCUCCCUCUCUCUCAUUAUCCUUGGGAGAACUUGAGAGGGUCUUGCCUGAAACUUUUUUCAAGAUACAUUUUUGCCCCCUUCUUUUAUUUGACUACUGUCUUGGUUGUUUCUCUUCCAUCUCUCCCCCAAGGCCAUUUCUUUUCCCCACUACAGUUGCCAAAGUCAGCAUUCAUUAUGAUCGCCUUAGCUCAGGGCUGUCAAACUCACGGCCCGUGGGCCAGAUGCAUAAUGUGCUGGCCACGCCCACCCCAUUUUAGCAAAGGGGGGGGAAAGUUGCGAUACGUCACGUGAUGACAAUGUGACGACAUGAGUUUGACACCCCUGCCUUAGCUUAUCCAAUGAAAGGGGCUGAAUUUGACCGGAGAAGUUUUUCUGAGAGACAUAAAUUCAUUCCUAACCAUCUUCUAGGGCACGGCUGUCAAACUGGCGGCCCACGGGCCGGAUGCAUCACGUGCGGGCUACGCCCACUCCGCUUCCGCAAAGGCAAAAGUCACAAUACAUCACGUGACAUCACAUGACACAAUAGAGUUUGACACCCAUGUUCUAGGGCGAUGUAGAAAGGGGUAUCAAGAAAGUCAAGACAGCUACAAUGCUGUUCUACCCCUUUUUUGUUCAUGUACACAAUGGCUGAUAAGCUUAGUAUUUUUUGUAAUAUCCAGCCUUAUCAUCAUCUAAAAGAGGCGUUUAGGGGAGAGGGGGAAAUCCAGGGGCACCCUACGGCAACUUGAAUUUGGAGUAGAUACUUAAGGGAAAGGUGAAUGCACGUGCAGGACACAACCCCUUUUCCCAUAGGAAAACUUUUUGCAUUUUAUAUAUUGAAUCAUGACAAUGCCUGUAUUUUUAAUUCUUUUCUUCUUGGUAAGGAGCAAAUGAGCACAAACGUAUUAUCAUGGUUGAUGAAUCCCAAAUUAUGGGGCUCUGUUCCAGAAUCUGCUCAUAGGGAUAGAUAACAUGUUUUAGUUGUAAUUUCUUUCCGUAUAUAAUUGGUUCAGUCGGAAUUAACAUACAUUCCUUUUGCAUCUUAAUACUUCCGACAUGAAUGCUAAAUACAAUUUAACACAUUAUACCUUUCUGAUAUUUUAUUGCUUUUUAAAAAAAAAAUCAGCUUCUUUUGCUAUUGUGCUGCUGUACUUAGUGUGCUGUUCAGUGGCAAGGAGAAUGAAACACUGUACAAAUCAGAAUAGCCACAUCAUGAAAAUCACUGAGAAGGUACGAUCUGUCUCAGCUUUACAUAAUUAUUUUCCCCAUCACCCUAGUCUAAGAUAGCCCUGCUUUUGAGAAUAAUGCUUGGUGCUGUUCUAUCACUGGACACACGUUAGCUGCUGCUAUGAUUAAACAGAAGUUUGGCUCUGAAAUCCGCAUUCAAAAUCAAGGGUUAUUGAAAACAGAAUAAAACAGCCACGCUCUGCUCUGGACAAUAUAUCGGGCAAGUCCAGAUGCUACCUGUAUUUUCACAACUGGGGAGUUGUUGCAUUAAAUGUCUUCAGUGUAUUAUUUAUUUUUGUAAGUUUUAUAAAGUACAAUUUUAUUUGAAAACGCAAUUCAAGGCACUAUAAAAUUUGGAAUCCGUACAUCGGGCCAAACAUAUUAACUGCAGAACUGGAAAGAAUAAAAAUGAUGGAAUUUAAAAUAUGUUAAUUGCAAAUCCACAAACACUCUGAAACUUUUAUCUGCCUGUCCAUCCAUCCAUCCAUCUUUUGGUAUAACUAUUCAUAAUUGUUAAAAUUUCUUCCUAUUGUGACUCCCACAAAGUGAAAAACUGAUUUAAGAUCAUGGAUUAUAGAGCCUAAAAUGGAUUGUGGUCAUAAUUUGGGCAUUUAUAUUAGCUACAGGUAUGCUAAGUUUCUUUUUUCUUUUGAUUUGGAUUUUUCACUAUUCUUGUCCAAAAAUAGACAAGUUGCUUUACUCUUUUCAUGUAGCAAUUAUGCAAGUCAUUUUUGUAGUCUAAAUACAAAUAUUUGAAAAUGCUUUUUAAAACAUUGCUAUAGCAUUUAAUGCUUUUUGAAUCUUUGGGACCAAAAGAAUAAAACGGGUUUCCUUUUUUUUUUUUUGGUCAGUUGAAUGCAGUAAGCAGUAACCAUCUUGCAAAUUGCAUUGACCAGAAGACAAGAUAGCCAGUAUAAUUGGUAGAAGGUUCCAGCAUUGCUGGUUAAUCUAUAUUAGCCUUAAGGCCUUUUAUAACCAAGGGCUUUGGAAGUGGGCGUGAAGAUAAUGUUGUCUUGCCAUUGUAAUCUAAAUGUUUAUAGUGCCAAUAUUUUUCCAGGUUUUUAACCUUAUAGAACUAUAGAGUUCAAAUCAAUAUGUUGUAAUGUGCCUUUACUUCUUUCUACAAAAAUAAAUCUUAUAAUAUUUUAUAGCAUAUUUAUUACAGACCCGAAACCGACAUGUAUGCCUUAACUGUUGCAUCUCUUGACAAAAGUAUCUUCUGGCCUUCUAUUACUAAAAUUCAUUUUGGUGAUAAUAAAUAUUUCACUGUU